GUGCGUCAACAUGCAGCUGUCUCACCGGGACCUGCUAACCCGGGAGGACUGAGUCCGUCCCCGGGUCAUGGACUGAGCACCCCGCUCCGGUGCCCGGUCCCUCCUCCCUCUCUGAUCGUCUGAAAGUUGCGGAGAAGUUUUGGAGCGCGUGGCGCGGCGGUGCGUGUGCUGCGCGCUCUCGGCUCAGACAGAGAGGGAAACCCCGGGGCGCGUGCGUGCGUGCGUGCGUGCCAGGUGACUGUUCGGUCACCUGGAGCCGGACUGAUGGAUCACUCCUGGUACCUGCUGGCUGUGGUUCUGCUGCUUCUGUCUCUGAGCUCCAGGAUCGAGCCGGGCUCGUGCCAGCACUACUACCUGCUGCGGCCCAUUCCCAGCGACACUCUGCCCGUGGAGGUGCUAAAGGAGAAGCCGGACCCGGUGCUGGACCCUAGGGACAAGGACCUGAACGAGACUGAGCUCAGGAGCACUCUGGGCAGCCACUUCGACCCGCACUUCAUGUCCGUCUCCCCGCCGGAGGACAAGUACGCGGGGAACGAGGACGCGGGCGAGGCGGACCUGCGGCAGAAGCUCUCCGGAGCGAUGCCCAAAGAGAUCCGGGCCAUGGACUUCGAGGUCCAGCACGGCAAGAAGCAGAAGCCGAGUAAAAAGCUCCGGAGGAGGCUGCAGCUGUGGCUGUGGUCGUACGCCUUCUGCCCGGUGGUUUACGCAUGGACCGACCUGGGCAGCAGGUUCUGGCCGCGCUACGUGAAGGCGGGCAGCUGCUACAGUAAGCGGUCCUGCUCGGUCCCUGAAGGGAUGGUCUGCAGACCCGCCAGGUCCACUCACGUCACGAUCCUGCGAUGGCACUGCCUGCAGAGGAAGGGCGGCCUGAAGUGCGCGUGGAUCCCCGCUCAGUACCCCGUUAUAUCCGAGUGCAAGUGCGCGUGCCAGGCGUGAGCGCGGGAAAACCUCGGGGUCUGC